AAGAUGGCUCGCAGAAUACUUGGAGUGGAGGAUAUUUGGAAUCGGUAUGAAAGAGUUACAUCUGUUCUCAACAAAGCCGUCGCAGAACAUCGUUCGGGUCAAAGCCGAGCUAAAUGUUGUCUUAUCUCAUCGUUCCUCGAUGAUGGCAAGGAUACUACUUCGAAGGCUGAUACGAACCGAUUAGCGUUUGAGGUUAUGGCUGCGGGCGUGGAUACAACGACCCUCACACUUGUGUGGAGCUGCUACGCUAUUGCCACUGGAAAACUGGAAUUACGUCCCAUGGAGAGCUUUACGGAGUCUCACCUUGAAGUGGUGCACCGUCUGGCCAGCGUUGUACCCAUGGCUCUGCCCCACUGUACUCAUUUUGACAGUUAUGUUGGUGGUUACCUCAUUCCUAAGGGCAGCGUUAUUUUCUUUAACCUCUUUGCCGUUCACCAGUCUCAAAUGAGGAAGGUGAUGCAGGCAAGCAACAAGGGUUGUCCAUGCGAUAUAAACAUUAGCGUGAAUCAUAACGGUCUGAAAAAUAGAAUUAAAUCUCCUCUAUUGAUAUCCCGUUGGCUUUUACUGUCUUUGCCUUACCACACAGGUUCACGUGCUUGUCCUGGAUUCAUGUUUGCAACGCGUGUGAUCACCCGAGUCAUGAACUGCAUCAUCGCUAACUUUAAAAUAGAGGAAUGCAAAAAUGAAAUGGAUGUAAAAGUUGACCAGCUAUGUGGACUAACAAGACCACCUGUUUCGGAGACCUAUCGCUUCGUUGCACUCAAAUAG